ACCGCUCUCAUUCAAAUUACGCUUUUAAGCUGGCCACAGCCAAAAUCCAAAUUCUACCAUCGUUUCAAAAUUUCCCAAUCAGAAUUACAAACCCAAAUCUCUCAGCCCUGAAAGUUUGAAUCUUUCACUCUGAUUCAUAUUUCCGAGGGAUGGACUUAAUCUUUUAAGAAAUGAUACAGGUAUUUAUUUGUUUUGCACAUCUGUGUAUAUUUUUCUUGCACAUAUGUCACAUCAGACAAAGACGGACACUGAAAACUUUUCUGACAUCGAGGAACUCUUUCAGAUUGAGACUAGAUGUAGAGAGUUAAAGAAAGAAAAGAACAUGCUGAAAGAUUCUCAAUCUGAAAGCUUUGAACUGAUUCGGAGACUAGAACAACAUGUGAAAUCAUUGUCAGAGGCUCGUUCAGAAGACAAGAAACACAUUCAAAAGUUGGAAAAAGAGCUAUUGAACUGCUCUCAAGAAAUAGAUUACCUGCAGGAUCAACUAAAUGUGAGGAACACGGAGGUGAACUGCCUGAUAGAGCAUGUACACAGCCUUGAGCUGAAAUUAGCAGACAUUGAAGAUUUACAUGACAAAGUUGACAGGUCAAGGGAGGAGCUAAAGAGGUCUGAUUCAGAGCGCUUACUCUUGCUGCAGGAACUAGAUAGAAAAGAAGCAGAGUUACGAAAUUCAGCUUCGUGCAUAGAGAAAUUAGAGGAAUCCAUCACAGCCAUGGCAUUAGAGUCUCAAUGUGAAAUAGAAAGCAUGAAAAUUGAUAUCAUGGCCUUGGAACAGAGUUGCUUUGAGGCUAAUAAAAUCCAGGAGGAAACUACUGAAGAAAGAGCUAGGAUGAAUGGGAUGAUUCAAGAGCUUGAGGCUCAGUUUCAGGAUGCACAGAAAAUUAUUGAAUCUCUGGAUGGGGAAAAUAAGGAACUGAAAGAGAAGCUUGAUAUGUCUGAAAAGAAUGCUAGACUAUUUUGUCAGGGGAUUGAAGAGUGGCUGCACAACAAGGACAGAUCCCACCAGAAGUCUCAGACCUGCUUGAGCAAGCCAGAGGAUAAGCUUAGUAUAUUAAAAGAAUUCGGCACUUGUGGAGAAGUCUUGGGUCCACUCCUUUCACAGUUGGCAAAGGAGUGCAGAGUUGAUGCCGAUUCAAGAAUGAAGAUGGAGAAUAUGUCAAGACAGAUUCAAGAAUAUGAAUGUCUUGUGAAGCAACUUAAGGAAGAAUUGAGAGAGGAAAAGUUGAAAGCAAAAGAAGAAGCAGAGGACCUAGCACAAGAAAUGGCCGAGCUAAGGUACCAAAUUACAGGUUUGCUUGAAGAAGAGUGCAAGCGUCGUGCUUACAUUGAACAGGCAUCUUUACAGAGAAUUUCUGAGUUAGAGGCACAGGUCCAAAAAGAAAAGAAUAAAUCAUUUGCUGCUGUCAGGCAUCUCCAUGAAGCAUAGAGAUUGUGUUAUCAAAAGGAUUGAGGAUCUGUGUGUAGAAGAAGUUAUUCAGGGCUGAUGCUUCUGACAGACACUGUGAAGCUGUCAAGGGUACCAAACUCAAGAGUAUUUUUAUAGAUUGCUCUGUGCAAGAACCUAUAGAAAUUAAAACUUGUCAAUUUUACUACGGAUGAUGAUGCCCGCUAUAAAGCCGCCACAUCUAGUAGGGAAUUGAAGAAGAAGUUAUGCGACCUGUUGUGCUGUAAGUGCAAUUUGUAUCCAUGACAUCAUUACCGGAGCAUCAAUGUUUGGGUAGUUCUGAAGUCCAGUAGAGUCUCCUACAUGCAUGGGGUGCUAAGUUUACUGAACAUUACAAUAUUAUCUCCACAGCAUGCCAAUGGAGCAUGCUGCAGACACUGCACAGGCCCUUUUGUUUUUUUCACUUUUCUGGCAUAUGAUUCAGGAAGAGAUAUAGAUAUCUAUGUUCCUGAGCACGUGGGCUUAGUAGCCGAAAGUGUCAAAAAGCCCUGUAGUCUCUGUUUCUAUCUCAGACUGUUAGUGCUUAAGCAGUCGAGAAUAUUAGUUAUGUAUCAAUUUUUGCGUAUAAUGAUUCAUGCAAAAGGAUCCAUUUCGAUCCCUUGUUUGCA